AUGAGGCGGAAACGGCGUUCCGAUUCGUUUGAUGAAGAUGACUUUAGAUCAAAAAGAGACAGGACAGAACCAGAUACGAUUGAAUCUCUCAUAUAUCGAAUAGGGUUCAAAGACCUUUCUAAUAUAGAACGGGAUAUUGGAGAACUCGCGUCAGUUAUUUUAGCAGAUAUCCCAAAGAAUGGAGAGGGCCUUUUGAAAGUUCUGAGCAAUUGUGUAAAGAAUGUUCCAGAACGAAUACUAAUUUAUGCAACGUUAGUUGGGUUGCUGAAUCUAAAAAAUCGAUCGUUUGUCGGCCAAUUGAUAGAACUUCUACAGCGAGACCUGAAGGAUGCUAUUAGAUCGGCGAGUUUUGAGGACGCUAAAUAUAUAGUUUUGUUCUUGUCAGUAUCUGUUAACUGUCAUACUGUUCAGAAAGCAUCCAUCCUCGGUCUGUACGAAAAUUUUGCUGAAGUCACUCUUGAUGCAGGACGAAGUUCUCAGGCUCGAACUGAUUGGUACACAUACGUGAUUCUUUACGGUCUACCAUACAGUGGUUACUUGCUAGCUUCUUAUGACGCUUCAGCAUUAAACGAUAUAUUAGGUACAAUUGAAGUUUACAUGACUAAACGCCAGUGCCCCCAUGUCUCAUUAUUACGCGUUUGGAGUCAAAUGAUCCUCACCCACAAGAAGAUUAUCUGGAUUGUUUGUGGGCUCAAAUAUGCAAUCUCCGAAAUAGUGGUUGGUUUAAAAGAACAUGGUCAGCCGCAUAAAUUAUCACCUCUCACACCUCCUGAUUAUGAUGCGGAGGUUAUUUAUCCUCUUCCAUCUGUGGUUUUUCGAAUGUUUGACUAUACUGAUGUAAUAGAUCAAGAUGAAAACGAGAUUGUCCCUAAUUCAGAUUUAUCAUCAGAUGGAGUUAAAUCUAAUAGAGAAACUCCUGUCCUUCCGGGAGCACAUACUAUCGAACGAUUCCUUAUUGAUGAACAUUUGGCAAUUUUGAUGAAUAAUUUAAGUUUCAACAGAGUUAUGUGUGCUAAAGCUCUGUUGGGACUCAAAACUCGAGCCAAAGUAGCUUUAGAUUACAUGAUCAUUGAAGCUGUUUUUGCUGGAAUGUUUCACUUACCUCGUCCACCAGUUCAACAUGGGAAUCUUCUGUUUUAUGGGAGUUUACUAGUACAGUUAUGCCAUGAAGCUAGUAAUACAAUUCCUCUGGUGUUAGCUCAAGCCACUGAAGUCCUAUUUGAGCGUUUAGAUAAUAUGAAACCUGUUUGUAUUGGCAGGUUUAUUGAAUGGUUUUCAUAUCAUUUAAGUAAUUAUCAAUUGCAGUGGAGUUGGAAAGAGUGGUCCUCAUCUCUAACUUUAGAUCCGAUGUCUCCACAAAAACGUUUAAUUACCGAAACAUUAUGUCGAUUAAUACGUUUUUCAUACUACGAGAACGUCAAACGUUUACUUCCGAAAUCUUUUUAUAUAAUGUUACCACCUCAACCUACGGUAAUCAAUAAAUAUGAAAGUAAUCCAGAUUUGUCUUCUGCACGUGCAUUCUUUCGUCUAGUGGAUUCUAUCCGAGCACGCCUUGAACCCCAAACCGUCUUAAGAAUAGCUGAAACUGCCUCACAAAGUCGUGGUCGGCGUCUUUCACUAUCAGAACCAUUUGAUAAUGAUGGGGUAAGAGAUGAAAAAGAUGAAGAUGCAUCUAGUGAUGAUAGUCACUCUGAUCAUAGUGAUGAGGAGCGUCGUGGGAAAAGCCCCAUUGAUACCAUUCCUCUGUCAGAUCCUGAGUUUGAUGACCUGGAUGAUCCUGAGCCUGCUAAACAAGAAAUUCGUGCUCGUCUUAAAGCGCGUCGACGAAUGUUACGGGAGAGUGCAAUGAAACGUAAUUUGAAAACAUCAUCAGAAGGUAAUGCCGAUGAACAGGUCGGCGUAAGAAGUGAUUCUAUCGAAAAGUUGCCAUUUACCACAGCAGCUCAAGUGUCUGAACUUUCUCCUGGAGUGACAAAUUUAGCUAUUGAAUUAUUUUAUUCUGCUAUGUUGAUCGCUGGUCAUAAAACAAUCAGUCACACAUUUGCGUUCAUAAAAAAGUAUGCUGCUGUCAUCCGGACUCUUACAUCUACUGUUGAAACUCAAGUAGAAGCUUUACAUGUAAUUCAAGCGGUUUGGGCUAAUAAUCCACAAAUGAUUGUCAUUAUUACAGAACAUAUGUGUCGUGUUGGUUUGAUUGAUCCGGAAGCGGUUGUUCGAUGGGCAUAUUCACCUAUAAUGACAACGUUAACAGAUGAUACAGUCAAUUUGAACUCUGCUAAUGCUCGUCCAAAAAUUUUGGACUUUUACGUUUGGGAGUGCUUAAGUCGAACUCUUGUUCGUGUUGAAACGAUGGAAAUUAACAGGCGUUCUUCUCCUUAUUCGACUCCUGAUCGUGAAGACGCUGACCAGGGAGGAGAUGGUGAUAGCUUUCCACGAACUGGAGUCGACAGUGACUCAUUCUUCAAGAAACCGAAAGAUUCCAUUUCUGGGAGAAUUAAAGUCAGCGACCGACGAAAACUUAUGGCAGGCUGUGAACUGGUUUCUUCGUCUGACGAUGAGGCUUAUGGUGGAGGAAAGGAUAAUGUUGGUGGUCGAGUAGCCAGACUAGAAGAAGCCAGGUGUGAAGCAGUUCGUAGUCAAUGUGCUGUCAUUACACUUCUUCUGCAUCGUCAUGCUAGACUUACUGCUGAACUUGCAUCUGAAAUGUCUGGAUUUACUCAGAACCAUUCAUUCAAUACGGAUUCUCCUUUUUUCUUACAUGAACCAACUCAACCGAAAAGUUUGUCUGACGAAGCUUUACGAAAUAUAAUGUUCUGGUUAAAAGGUCGUUUAGUGCAAGUGGUUCUUGAGCAUUGCGAUCAAUUAAUACCUUAUCUGGAUAACCUUGAUGAAUUUAUCUGUGGAGCUCAUCCUGAAGUUCAAGGCGUGUUCCAACAGCUUCGUUCAUUGUACGCAUAG